AUGUCCCGCCCUAACCCCACUGGACGACCAGCCCGUUUGUCACUGCAACUACAAGACUUGGACUUCACCAUAGUGCACAAGCCUAGUGCACACAACAACGUGCCAGACGCCCUGUCUCGCAACCCACUGCCCAUGUCCUGUGACACCCCCAUAGAUCACCUUCCAGAAUAUGCUGUCAUCUGCAGUUUGGAUCUCCGCGCCCUACCCCCUGUGUUGCUAGAAGAUUGCACACAUGUGAAACAACUCCAGCUGGAUGACCCAGUCACAGGUCAGCUUUUCAGAGACCUUGAGACAAACCCACAUGUGAAUGCAGACGAAAGCAACCCCCAGCAGUAUGUUGUUCAUGACAGUCUGCUCUACUACAAAGACCCGAAAAUCAGAUGUGGAUUACAUCCGCUGAAAGAACUCAAACUCUACGCCCCUACAUCAAUCUGA